AUGCCGCCCGAGGCUACUGCUCCCCCACAUCACUGGUCGGGCUCUAUGUAUCACAGAGGUUCGCACUACGGCGCCGGAAAUGAGCCAAUCUACAGCGGCGCAAGCCCGCUGGAGCUCUAUCCCUCCGACUACUCAGGCGCCAGUGAUUCCCCAGACCCUGAUUACAUCUCGCAUAGCUUGCACAUUCAAUCAUCAUCUCUUAGGAUGGACACCCGCUCGUAUACCCUCUCCGACGCUCUUAGACCCAGGCACCGCGACUCCGAGUGCCUGGCGGCUCAUUUCGCGGAGAAUGGAAGCAGUCAAUCGAGCCGCCUGUCCUCCGAGCCCGUGGUAUGUCUUCCGAAGGAUACCCGGUCUCCAUCCGUAGACCGAUCAGCGACGACAACGCCUUCAAAUGCGGACCUAGAGGGAGCGAGUGAGCCAAGCACUGCGCAGCGGGUAAUAUUGGUGAAGGAGGAGAAUGAAGACUCUCUUGAAGGUCUGUUCGUUCUCGAAUCGCAGGCACUCCCCGCGCCCGAGGUCGUCGAUUCUGCUCCUAAUCUUCGCUUCCGACGCCCAAGGACGCCAACCACCGAGGCGAUGCGCAAGCGCAUGACUGUGUUCCAUGUCAACCCAUUUGCUUCGUCCCGAGCUCAGGCCGGUUCAUCGGGCUCGUCGUCGAGUACCAAGAAAGAGCCAUUGGACCCUGCGUUCCUGACAUUCCAGCUCCAUGACGGCACGCUCGAACCUGUCGACGACCCCGAAAUCCAGUUCUUUGUUACUUUCGUGGACGAGUGCGAAUACGACGAGGAUUCGGAUGAGGGUGACGAUCCAGGUCACAUUUCAUGGCCACAUUCUGUUGUCAAACGUCACAACGACAUAUAUCCUAUGAGGCAAGUGCCUCACGUCGGAAAUCCUUUCAACGAGUUCACCGGACUCGUCAUGAACGGGAGGGUUGGUGGUUCACGAUCAGCAGAUGGGGGACAGGAUUGCAGUUCAGCUCUCUCUACUUCGACUGCGGGAGAACGAAGGAACAAGCGGUAUGAUGCCUCCGCUAAGCAGGCGAGUGAAGUGAGCUCUCCGGGGAAGAAGAAGCCCAAAACACACGAGUGCGCUAUCUGCCACAAAGUUUUUCCUCGGCCCAGUGGCCUAUCUACACAUAUGAAUUCCCAUUCAGGUGAUAAGCCAUUCAAAUGCCCGAUACCAACCUGUGACAAAUACUUCACCGUGCGCUCCAACGCGAAGCGACAUCUCAGGACACAUAGAUCGCUCUCUCCAUCCGAUCCCAUAUUCGGCGGGCCUGCGUCAAGCACGUCCAAUGGAGAGAUCGAGUUCGACGUGCCCCUCGUCACGCACAUACACGAGAUGGAGCCUAAGCGCCUUCGAUGGACACGCCCCAGCGUCGCGCUGCGACCGAUAAGCGAGUUACUGGAGAGUAGACCAGCGAGCUCCCUGGGAGGGGGGAGGCGGGGGCUGGGCAGGUCCAAGUCGUUGAGCCGUGGGUCGGAUGUGGAGGAUAAUGGCGAGGACGAUGGGUCUAUGAGCGAGGGAGACGAGGUGCCUGCUAUACGGCAUCGAGCAUGA